UUGCAUUGGCCCACAUCUUUCCAAAGUGUAGGUUCCUCUGUAAACAUCUUCCGCCUUCUAUAGUUGCUGUAUGCUCGUCCUCUUGAGUUCAGUGAAGUGAAGGAUGAGGGACAAUUUCGACUUCUAAUAACGGCCAGAAAAACACUGUACUGCUGCAAAAUUCAGAUCCAACAUUCAGAAUGAACGUCAUUGUGUUGUUUGGAUUUGUGCUGGGUGCACUCUCUGCUGCAGCCACUGUGAUCCUAACAAAACCCAGGCAGAGCGUCACUUUGGAUUGUGGGGUCCGCACCUACAAGAAUAGCCUGGGGUGGUAUCACAAAGAUGCACUGAUUUAUGAAAUUGAAGGGAAUUUCGUACCUCGCAAAGGUGUCAUGAAGGACAGGUCAAGUGUGAGGCAUGACAAUAGUCUGGUGAUUUCUGCUGUGAGGAACGAAGACAGUGGGAUGUUUACCUGCAAGGCAGACGGGGUCUCUCACAAGCACACACUUCUAGUGGUUUCAGUCUCAGCCAGCCCCUCUGAAGAGCUGCAGGUGGGCAGCAAUGGUACACUCCAGUGUGAGGUUAAAGGUCUGGAAUUAGACCACCCUGUUGAGUGGAAGGGGCCAGACGGACGUAAACACACGGGGUCACCCAACGUUCUGAAAACCGUAACCCUCUCAGACGCAGGAACCUGGCAGUGUGGGAUGUCCAUUGGUGGGGUGAUGUACACAGAGGACCUAAAGAUCAAAGUUGAAGAACCUGCUGUAACACCCCCCCCAGACCAAGACUCAAAGGUCAACACUGAGACAUCGUGCCCCAACUGUGGCACUGGCACUACCGGUGGUGGUGGCCAGCUCGACUGGUGGAUGUGGGCUGUAGCUGGAGCUGGCUGCGUGGUCGUGGUUCUCCUGAUGGUGCUCGUCAUUAUUUUGUGCAGGAGGAUCAGAAGACGGAAGAGAAAAUUACAGAAAAAGAAGAAUGGCCGACAAUCUCAGGGGCCCAAGAACUACUGUCAGUGUAACAGCCGGCCAGCUGCAGCGAAAGCACAGCGAGGACGUCAGAAAGGGAGGCCGUCAACCCUCGCUCUGAAGCCCCUGCUAAAGGAGUGAUGGGAGAGAUGGAUAGAAGAGAGGAGGGACACAAGGAGAGGGACGGGAACAGAGGAUUAGGUGGAGAAAAAGAAAAAAACCGAGCAAGUGAAAGAGAACUCCUGUGAGAACGUGGCAUGAAUGUAAAUGGGCUUUUGCAUGAAAAUGUAAAGCAUAUUUUUCAUCAAAUAUAAUCUGUAGUUAUUUCUUGUGCAGCAUUCGAACAAGUAUCUCUGCAUCAUCCGGCAUCGUCACCUUCGAUUGUACUGCAUAACUUCAAAGUGAUUUAAAUAUCCCUUCUUUCUUGUAUUUUGGUGUAUUUGAUGUACUGUAUGUGUCGUAUAGUUUCUGGGGUUUUUUUGUAGGUUGUAAAUGGCUUGAGUAUUGAAAUGGCUUGAGUAUUGUGCUGAAAUGUGCUUUUUCCCCUCAGUCAAUAAACUAUAAAGAAACCC